CACAACAGUCAGGCCUACUGCUUGUGUCGUGGGCCAUGGGAGUGUUGCAGCACACCCAUUCGCGCUACCUUUACACGUGUCUCUUACAAACAUCGGACCAGCGCAAUCCUCACUGAUGACAUCGAUUACGUGUUGAUUCUGUCAGCACAGAGUUGGGCUUUUUCUCGACGCACAGGUAAGCACAACAGUGAACAAUGACGCAAGCCACAUCAGUACUAGUGCCCAUGCUGUUUGCCGGCCUGCUGAGCGCCAUGCCACACGACAUGCACAUCGAGAGGGAGACCACACUGGGAAGAGUUCGCGGGAAUUUAGUGCGCGCUCUGGGCAAGGCAGUUGAGGAGUACCGUGGCAUUCCGUUCGCCAAACCACCAGUUGGCAACCUCCGGUUCCGCCCUCCAAAGCCCAAGGUGGCCUGGGAAGGCACUCUAGACGCCACUGCAAGGUUUACUGCUUGUCAUCAGGUGACUGUACCUGGGAUCACGCUAGACGGCGCUACUGUAACAGAGGACUGCCUGCACCUCAACGUCUGGGUCCCCCAAAGCACCGAGAACGUUACCUCUGGCCGACCUGUCCUAGUCUGGAUCCACGGAGGAGGCCUCACAUUUGGCACCGCCAACCAAGCCAUUUACAAUGGAGCCGUGCUCGCUGCGCUUACUGACAUGCUUGUAGUCUCAAUGAACUAUCGGCUUGGCAUCCUGGGCUUCAUGAACGCGAACUCUCCCGAAGCACCGGGUAACGUUGGCUACAUGGAUCAGAACAUGGCUCUGAAAUGGGUGCAUAGAAAUAUCGGAUGCUUCGGAGGAGAUCGAAAGCGAGUUACUUUAUUUGGUGAGAGCGCAGGGUCAACCAGCACGCAUGCGCAAAUCUUGUCGCCGAUGAGCCAGGGCCUUUUCAAGAGGGCCGUGCUGUUGAGUGGCAGUAUGUACAGUAUUGAUACGUGGGACACUGUCAAAGAAAGCAUGGCAAAGGGCGACAAAGUGGCGAAUGCUGUCGGCUGCUCCGUAGGAGGAAGGAUCAGUAUGUCGUCCAAUCCAGAAGAGAUUGUCGAUUGCCUGCGAAGCAUGCCGGCAGACGUGCUCUUCAACGUUUCUGUGAAGGUCGUAGCGCCAAAAUUUACUCCCUUCAGCCCCACCUACCACAACGAGUUCUUUCCCCGGAAUCCUCUGGUGGCCGUGAGACGCGGUUUCUUCUCGCCAGUCGACGUAAUAGCUGGCGUAACCUCAGACGAAGCGGCUGGCCUCCUCCUGAUUCCACCGAAACCAGAGCUCUUGGUUGAAGAUCUCAACAGCUCAAAAACAAAAGGGCUCACUGAUUCUCUUCGGGAAGCACUAUGGAAGUUUGUGAAAGCAGACCUACCGGUCGUGUUAAAGAAAUACACGGAUGAGGUACCUGAAGGCGACAAAAAUGCACUGAGGCGCCAAUACAUUGACUACAUAUCUGACAGGCUGUUCAACUGCCCUCUGCAGUUCUUUGCAGAGAAACACAGCAAAAGGUGCAACAAGGUGUUCGCUUACGUGUUCGCCCAUAGGCAGUCGAAGUACCCACUCCCGCGAUGGAUGAGGGCCCCGCAUGCCUUUGAUUUACCAUUUGUAUUCGGUCAUCCCUACGGAGAAGACCCCGAUUCAGUGGAUGGGCGCUUGAGCAAGGCCUUUAUAAGGAUGCUGGCAAGCUUCAGUGAAAAUGGCAUUCCCGAACUACCGCAGAGAAAGAAAUGGCCACAGUACACCAGUUCCUCGCCAACAAUGAUGCUGAUUGACAAGGGACACUUCAACGUGACGCAAGGAUUUCGAUCUAGGUACUGCGAGCGCUGGAGGUCACUGUAUUAAAAUAAAGAAUAUAUC